CUCCUCCAAUGCUUUCCCUUGCUCGUAGUUCUCUCCGACCCUCGCUUUCCCGCGCCUUUAUAGCAUCUGGCGCCUCCCUUCACACCCUCCCACCGUUGCCCUAUGCCUACAAUGCCCUUGAGCCGUAUAUCUCAGAGGAAAUUAUGAAGCUCCACCACCAGAAGCACCACCAGACAUACGUCAACGGUCUCAACGCGGCUGAGGAGACCUAUGCGAAGUCUGACUCAACCAGGGAGAAAAUUGCGCUUCAGUCUGCCCUCAAAUUCAACGGUGGUGGACACAUCAAUCAUUCUCUUUUCUGGAAGAAUCUUGCCCCUGCCAACACGGAUGGUGGCAAGCUCGCUGACGGCCCUCUCAAGAAGGCAAUUGAGCGUGACUUUGGUUCCGUUGAAGACUUCAAGAAGAAGUUCAACGCCACAACUGCUGCUAUCCAGGGAAGUGGAUGGGGUUGGCUUGGAUUCAACGAAAGUUCCAAGAAGCUUGAGAUUGUUACCACUGCAAACCAGGAUCCUUUGAUUUCACACACGCCUAUCCUUGGUGUUGACAUCUGGGAACACGCUUUUUAUCUGCAGUACAAGAACGUGAAGCCUGAUUAUCUCAAUGCCAUCUGGAACGUCAUCAACUUUAAGGAGGCCGAGAGCCGACUCCUGGAAGCAUCCAAGUAGAUUAAAAUUUUGGUUUCUUGAGCUUAUACGCUCGGCGGAUGCCACAUGUUGAUUUGCUUGACAAUGUAAUAGACUCGAAACAGAUAAGCAGUGAAGUCAGGUGGUAUGCCGCUAUGUAAUGUC